AUGUCCGAAUACAUCACCCCAAUGGGCCGCAUAAAGCACAGAAGCACAACCGGCCUACGACCCGUCAACCAGCGAAAGAUUGCAAAGGCUAUUCGGAGAGCAAUCGGCAUCGGCCUCAUGCCAAGUGUCCACAGACAUCCCGAGAUUCUGGCAGCGGAAGCAAAGGCGAGGAUGGAGGGAACCCCCAUCUAUUAG